UGAAUAUGUAUAGUGGACUACACUUCGCUCAAUACUAGUGACGUAAUUCCGUUCUGUUUUGGUUACAGAAAAAGUCGACAGAAGUUUUAUUUUACUGUGUUGAUAGCCCACAAUUUUUUGCAUCUGUAAAGACAGUGGGUGUAGAUUGUAUUGUCCUUUCAGCCGCACGACGAAACGAAUGGAAGCUUAAGGAAUUCUCGUCCACACAGGAACAAACCUCGUUGACGAUUUCACUAGAAAGAGAAAAGGAAGAUUUUUUUUACAAAUCAGAAGAAGAGAUUUCUCGGGAAACAUUUGGUGAUGUAUCGAAUUCCUUAGUGUUUGUGGUAACAAGUAUGGUUAGUAUUUUACGUGUCUUUCUUGACUGAAGUUUAUAAAAUUAGUUCAUUAAAUAAUCAAGAGCAUUUCUGUGUACAAAAUGAAGAAUUCUUUCCGGGAAAACACAAGAAGAGUCGAAGGAUGUGUUCGACUUUUGUUGUUAACAUUAAAGCCAGUGUUAAGAAAUCAUACAAGAAUACAUCAACAAAGAAACCGUCUUUCGUGCAAGUGAAGAAAAAGAGAGAAAUCUACGAAGAUAUUUUAAAAUUAUUUUCGGAAUAUUUGUUUGUUUUUAUUUUUGCAAAAUACACUCCAUUUAUAUUGUUUUCAGAAAGUUUAAACAUUCAGAAGGGAAAGAAUGGGAAGUAUCAAUGUGACAGUUGCAAGAAAGAAUUCGUUUCGAAGUAUAAUUUAAAAUAUCAUCAGAGGAUUCACACUGGAGAAGGACUCUUGUCUUGCCAAUACUGUAAUCGUCAGUUCAACUAUCCCGGCAGUCUACGGGACCACGUCAAGACUCACACCGGAGAGAAAUCCUUUAUUUGUGAUCAUUGCAAACAAUGUUUUAUACUAAAAGGAAAUCUGAUUCGACAUCUCCGAACUCACACGGGAGAGAAGCCUUUCUCUUGCGACCAUUGCAAGCGAAGUUUUACGCAAAAUAAUAAUCUGAUAGAACAUCUUCGUCUUCACACCGGAGAGAAAUCCUUUAUUUGUGAUCAUUGCAAACAACGUUUUACACAGAAAGGAAAUCUGAUUCGACAUCUCCGAACUCAUACGGGAGAGAAGCCUUUCUCUUGCGACCAUUGCAAGCAAAGUUUUACGCAAAAAAAUAAUCUGAUAGCACAUCUUCGCCUUCACACCGGAGAAAAACCAUUCUCGUGUAAUCAUUGCUUACAAAAAUUUCGUGUUAAAGCUUCUUUAAAGUAUCAUAUUAUUAAACAUCAUAAUAGUAACGAAAUGGAAAAUACGUUUCAAGACGUCAGACAAUUUGCAGUAUGUGAUAUUGGACUGAAAAGAAAGCUGAAGUAUUUUACAGGUUUAAACAUUCAGAGGAGAAAGAAUGGGAAGUAUCAAUGUGACAGUUGCAAGAAAGAAUUCGUUUCGAAGUAUAAUUUAAAAUAUCAUCAGAGGAUUCACACUGGAGAAGGACUCUUGUCUUGCCAAUACUGUAAUCGUCAGUUCAACUAUCCCGGCAGUCUACGGGACCACGUCAAGACUCACACCGGAGAGAAAUCCUUUAUUUGUGAUCAUUGCAAACAAUGUUUUAUACUAAAAGGAAAUCUGAUUCGACAUCUCCGAACUCACACGGGAGAGAAGCCUUUCUCUUGCGACCAUUGCAAGCGAAGUUUUACGCAAAAUAAUAAUCUGAUAGAACAUCUUCGUCUUCACACCGGAGAGAAAUCCUUUAUUUGUGAUCAUUGCAAACAACGUUUUACACAGAAAGGAAAUCUGAUUCGACAUCUCCGAACUCAUACGGGAGAGAAGCCUUUCUCUUGCGACCAUUGCAAGCAAAGUUUUACGCAAAAAAAUAAUCUGAUAGCACAUCUUCGCCUUCACACCGGAGAAAAACCAUUCUCGUGUAAUCAUUGCUUACAAAAAUUUCGUGUUAAAGCUUCUUUAAAGUAUCAUAUUAUUAAACAUCAUAAUAGUAACGAAUACAAUAAAUUCAAGGGAGUUUCGGUUUUAAUGAUCUUAUCAUAUUUUACAGGUUUAAACAAUCAGAAGUCAAGAAAUGGGAAGUAUCGAUGUGGCAGUUGCGAGAAAGAAUUCAUUUCGAAAAAUGGGUUAAAAUGUCAUCGAAAGAUUCACACUGGCCAAGGGCUCUUCACUUGCCAAUACUGUAAUCGUCAGUUCACCCAAUCCUGUCAUUUACUUGACCACGUCAAGACUCACACCAGAGAGAAAUUUUUUAUUUGUGAUCAUUGCAAGCAACGUUUUUCACGAAAAGCACAUCUGAUUUUACAUCUCCGAACUCACACGGGAGAGAAGCCAUUCUCUUGCGAUCAUUGCAAACGAAGUUUUACACUAAAACAUCAUCUGAUAGGACAUCUUCGUCUUCACACCGGAGAGAAACCAUUCUCGUGUAAUCAUUGCUCACAAAAAUUUCGCUUUAAAUCUAAUUUAAAGUAUCAUAUUAUUAAACAUCAUAAUAGUAAUGAAUAAUGA